AGCGCCAUCUAUGAGGACCUGUCACUGGAGGGUAAUUUACAACUGGUUAUGCUGAGAAUUAUUUUCUAUAAAGACACCAAGCAAUCUCAGGUACGUCAUGGCCUAGCGAAGAAGUCCCUAGAGGCGGUGAACAGGUGGGCGGAGCGGCUCUAUCGGGUGUCACCUCAGGCCCUGCGGCAUGACGUAGCUGUGUGGCUUACAAGAAUCGACCUUGGGGGACCCUCUGGCUACGCUCCCGUGGCAGGAGUGUGUGAGCCUUCCAGGUCAUGUACACUGAACAGGGAUGAGGGCCUUACCUCCUCCUUCAUCAUCGCUCACGAGAUGGCGCACGUGUUGGGGCUGAGCCACGAUGGUGAUCCUGUAGCGGCCAAUGACUGUGAGGACGAGGGAUAUCAAGGCUCAGUAAUGGCUCCCCUUGUUGCUGCCACCUUCAGUAGGUUCCACUGGUCUAAGUGUUCCAAGACGGAGUACCACACUAAGGCACAUGACUGGAGUUGUCUACUGAAUAAACCUCAAUGGAAGAACGCGACCACUGUACUAUCAACUAUUAAGUACCAAUACUCUCUUGACGACCAGUGCAGGAUGGAGUUUGGUGAAGGGUAUGGUCUGUGCAGCAGCUUUGGUGCGACGGACCCGUGUACUCACCUGUGGUGCAGCAACUCCUCUAGCCCACACCACUGUAAGACCAAGAAGGGGCCGCCCCUCGAGGGAACCACCUGUGGUGAACAGAAGUGGUGUCGACACGGAUUUUGUGUGGCGGUUAGUCAGGAGACGGAGGACACUGACGGUGAGUCUCCCGUCAGACACAACCCGCAGGAUGGUGGCUGGAGCACGUGGAGCCAGUGGGGGCCGUGCUCCAGGACGUGUGGCACCGGAGUGGCCUUCAGAACCCGAGCCUGCGACCAUCCUCCUCCAGCUUGGGGUGGUCGUCGGUGCCGGGGUAAAAGAGAAGAGUGGAAGGUGUGUGGUGUAGAGGAGUGUCCACUACCGCGCAUAGAUAUCAGAGCUCAGCAGUGUUCCUUCAUCACCCGUAUUGUCAAUCUGGACCUACGUAGAUCUGCCCUCUCGUGGCUACCAUACGAACCCAAGAGGAGAAAAAAGAAGUGUCGCAUCUCUUGUUACAGCCACGCCACUAAUGAAGUUUACAUUGGCCGAGAGUAUGUGGUGGACGGUACGCCGUGUUCCUAUGACCAGCCUAAUGAUAUUUGUGUUCAGGGCAAGUGUGUGGCGAUGGGGUGCGACAAGGUGGUAGCUUCCAUGGCACAGGAGGACGAGUGUGGUGUGUGCGGUGGUGAUGGUGCCACGUGUAUCAACAACCAGUUUGACUACCACGAGGUGCCCCCUACAGAGUACAGCCUGGUGGCCACCCUGCCUGCAGGAGCUCGCAACAUCAUGAUCAAGGAAGAGGCUCCUACCAUGAACUUCCUAGCUCUCACAGAUAACUCUUCCUCCUUCUUCCUUAAUGGUGGCAGAAGUCAAGAACCUUCUAAAUCCUUUAUUAGUGAGGGAGCCAAGUUCCUGUACAGCAGCCGGGGGGAGAGGGAGGUGUUACAGGCAAGAGGACCUCUACUAAGGCCCGUCUCCAUCAUGAUUCACGGCACAAGAGCACAGGAGUCUGUACGUGUGACCACCACCUUCCUUACCCAGCUUAAACAGGAACACUAUCAGUGGGAGGUUGGUCCAUUCACUGCCUGCUCCGUCACCUGUGGAGGAGGUGAGCAGCAUCAGACCUUGGUGUGUCGGGAUCGUCGGACAGACAAACAGGUGUUCCAUAGCAGCUGUCGACACCUGCCACGUCCUUCACUAAAUACUACCACCUGUAACUCCUUUGGGUGCAAGGCAAAGUGGGUGACAGGGCCUUGGGAACACUGCUCCACCACAUGUGGGCCCCACGGUGUGCAGGAGCGUACUGUGUCGUGUGUGACUCUCCCUGAAGCAGAUGGUACUAACCGGACUACUGGAAUAGUGGAUCCACUGAGGUGUAGCACAGACCCUAUGCCUGAGGCCCAGCGGGAGUGCCUCAGGGACCCUUGUCCUGCACAUUGGUCUCCUAGUGGGUGGGGAGAGUGCUCCAGCAGCUGUGGUGAGGGUGUAGAGACACGCUUGUGGGAGUGUGUUGGUGGAGGAGGGAACGAAGUGACCUACAACUGCGGCCCUCAGCCACGUCAGGUCCGUGUGUGUAUCAAGGCACCCUGCCCCCCCGCACCUUGUCUCCGAGACUCGUCAGCAUUCUGCCAGUUGCCAGUGUUACACAGAUACUGUCAAGUGCCAAAGUACCGGGAACUUUGUUGCCACACGUGCGCCAAUAUUGUGUAUUGAUAGAUACUUUGACUAAUAACGUUAUAUAUGAGUUACCUAUAAUGGCAACACUGUAAAAAAGGCUCAGCCAUAUGGCAUGUGUCCGACCAACAUUCACAUAUUGACGUCAUCAUCCCUCUGUUAAUGUUGGAGUCAGUACUACAGACAUUUGUGUUGUUAAAUGCUGGAAAUACAUUCUGUGUUGUGUGUCAUGAGAGUGUGAUAGUAUUACCACCUGGGGACUGGCAUCCCCUAUGAAAAUGUUCAGACAAUAACCCUCAACUGUAUGUGUCGCCCUCACUCUUCACUUCAAUCUCGUCGCUGCUGACAGUAUGGGCAGGAACCCAGAAAGAGAUUUCGUGGACUAAACUACAGUAUCUAUAGAGGCUCUUAAUCGUCAAGUGAGUCACUUACUGUGUUAGUUGACUCACUCCAGGAACUGUGUGGUAGUUAAUAGAAUACUGUAAUGUAGUGUUCACCAAUUUGUUACUUGUCUGGCCUGUGUGUCAGAUGGAUGGCCUGUGUGUCAGAUGGAUGACCUGUGUGUCAGAUGGAUGGCCUGUGUGUCAGAUGGAUGGCCUGUGUGUCAGAUGGAUGGCCUGUGUGUCAGAUGGAUGGCCUGUGUGUCAGAUGGAUGACCUGUGUGUCAGAUGGAUGGCCUGUGUGUCAGAUGGAUGGCCUGUGUGUCAGAUGGAUGACAUGUGUGUCAGAUGGAUAACCUGCAUGUCAGAUGGAUGAACUGUGUAUCAGCUGGAUGACCUGUGUGUCGGAUGGAUGACCCGUGUGUCAGAUGGAUGACCUGUGUGUCAGAUGGAUGACCUGUGUCAGAUGGUUGGCCUAUGUGUCAGAUGGAUGACCUGUGUUGAUUAAUUAUUAGUGUGUAAGGCAAUUGUUACAUACUGCUGUCAAGUAGUCAUCCAGUUUGUCAAGAACAACCACUGUGUCAUGUACAACUAGUGUGUCAAGAACAACUAGUGUGUCAAGAACUACUAGUGU